AAAUGAGUCUGUCAUUUAUUUUAAACAUUAGCACUUCGGUGCUAACCAAUUUGGACCAGACCUACUUCUCAUAGCGCCAUUUUCGGUCUUGACAAGAACGGGUGUUAAAAGUGCUGCCUCUGGCCAACCUCAUAACCAUAACCCUCUGAAACGUAUUUAUUUAGGCUAAUAUCUGGUAGAAGGUCGUUCGCAAGCGCAUUUUUUCCAUAACAGAAAAACAAGCUCUUCUAUUCUUUUGCGUUGUACAAAAGUCAGCAUAAAUAUGCAUACUAAUGUUUGUUUAGGCCACAGCGUGAAGAAUGUGAAGAUGCGCUGAAAAAAUGAAUUCGAUAAUGAAUGUUCAUCGAAGGUAAACAAGUCGUGAUAGAAAUGAGAUAAACCUUGAGAAUAUUAACAUAAGGUGAAAAUGAUGAAAGUUUGUUCAUAAAGGUCUCAUUGUGGUUCGACAUGUUGAGUGACACGGACGUUGAAGACCACUAUAGUCCUUCUGUUCGACUGAUAAGUCUAGAGAGAAAUGGGUCGAAUUGUGGUUUUCAGUUGACUAGAGGCAAAUGGGACCCUUAUCCAUGGGUGAAUUCUGUGGCGGCUGGCACAGCCGCAGACUUAGCCGGAAUCAAGUCUGGUGAUUGCUUGCUGGAAGUCAACGGUGAAGACGUUUUGGGACGGAGGAUCAGCGACGUUGCUGAAAUAGUGAAAUCAAAGCCUAACCAAGUUUCACUCUUACUGUGGAAUGCCGGCGUCGAUUCUCAAUGUACGCCCGAGGCAAUUUGUUGUGGGCCGAUGCCAACGAACCUACAACGAUUAUCAGCAUGUAUGUCUACGAUCCUUGCGUUUUUGGAGUGUCCAGUUUGCCUAGACACCAUCCCACCUCCCACCCACCAGUGCGAAAACGGUCAUCUUAUCUGCAUGCGUUGUAGAACCAAAUCAGAACGAUGUCCAGUUUGCAGGCUCAGAUUUAGCAGAGGACGAUCUCUCCUGGCAGAUCAGGUUUACAAUGCCCUUGUGGACUCCUUCAACCUACGCGAAGAGCCAGCGGACGCCCGGAACGCGAAAAUGCAGCAGAUUUUCAAAAUCAAGAACAAAAAUAAAAACGUGCCCGAAAUAAAGGUGACUCCGUCUCAUGCAAAUAAGUUUUUGGCAAGGAUUGUCGGGAAAGCGAAUUCGGUUGACAAUUUAGCCAACCCAAAAAUAGAAAAUGCAUGCGAAGAUGGGUUUCUAAGGGCCAAGUCGCUUUCGACCCAGGAAAUUUUUGCCUCGGAGAGUCCUGGGGUUUCUAGGGCGAAUUCUAUAUCGAGACUGAGUCGAAAUGACAAGAAUCGGUUCCUUGAUCCGGAGUACCGAUCAGCGAGUUGUCACGGAUCUUUCGAGACUUUGCACAGAGAGAGUGAUGAGGAGAGUUUGAUGUUUUAUUGCCCGUUUAUGGCCAGUUGUAACUGUGUAAUUAAAGGAAAAAAUGUCAUCGAACACUUCCAGCUGGUUCACGACGGGCCGUUAACCCAAUAUUUUAAGCCACACGUUAGGAUUAAUUUUGGAAAAAUAUUAGAAAACAGAGAUUUGUGUUAUCUUGUACAGAUUGAGCGAAAUAUAUUUUUUCUGAAAAUAGAACUGGAUAAUGAAAAUGAGCAGUCUAAAAAUGAAAAUGUGUUUUUGUGGACUUGGCUAAUGGACACCGGGAGAGUUGCAAAAGAGUUCGAUAUGCAAGUUAAGGUGUUAAUAGGGGAUGAAAAUGACGUCAUACUGAGUGUUCGAAAUAACGUGUUUUCGUUGAACAACACUCCGUAUAACGAAAUCAAGAAGCUAAAAAAAGGAGUCUUCUUUAACGCUAAGUCAAUAGACACUGUAAACUUUUCGGUUAACGAUAUCAUUUUUGACAUAAAUAUUUUAAACAGUGAUUACAUGUAAAUACGGUAGGAGAUUUUUAUGUAGCUGUGAUAUAUUCUAUUUAAUUUUCAAUCUGUAUGUACUUUUGAUUAUUUAUUAUGAUAUUUAUUACUAUUUAUUUGUCACUUGUUACUACUAUCCCAAUAUAAUUUACCACUCA